AUACAAAAAAAAAAGUAAGAAACUAAACUUCAUAUCUUGUAACCUCCCCCUAAUUUAACUCUAAUUAUUCAAAAACAAAAUCCUGGGUCGGUUACAAAUUGUGUAGCCACCAAGUAAACCAUCACUACAUAUAUAGUACUCCAAAACAAAAUUUCAAAUCAAAAUAGUUCUCACUUCACUGUGCAUGGCCCUAAUGUCACUUCAUCAUAAUCACAUUAAUUCCUCCUUCAACCUUAGUAUCAAUCACCUCAACCUUAGUAUCAAUAAUGGCUCCUUCUCCACUAACAAAAAUGACGCCUCAGUACCAAACAAAUUGGGAUUGUGCGUGCGCAUACCAAACAGGUUGGAAAUGCUCAUGUGCAUGGGAAUGCGCACGCGAAUGCCAAACAAGCGCAUGUGAAUCUUCACCACAACAAAAACCAAUAUUACAACAACAACAACCCAGUGGAAUCCCACAACAACAAAAACCAAUAUUAUUUCCUCCAAUGGGUUUCACAGAAAAUGGUUCAGCAACUUUUCUAUCUACUGGAAACCCAUGUUUAGAUUUCUUCUUCCACAUUGUCCCCAACACCCCACCUCAAGAAUUAUUGAAAAGAUUGGAACUUUCUUGGAAACGUGAUGCUUUGACAACCCUUAAGCUUAUUUGCAAUUUAAGGGGUGUUAGAGGCACUGGAAAAUCAGACAAAGAAGGGUUUUAUACUGCUUCUUUAUGGCUUCACAAUUACCAUCCUAAAACCCUAGCAUGCAAUAUUAAAGCCAUUGCCGAUUUCGGGUAUUUUAAGGAUGUGUUGGAGAUUUUGUAUAGAAUUCUUGAGGGUCAUGAAAUUAGAAAGAAUGAAAAAGCAGAGUGGAUGGAAAAGAAAAGAAAUGGUUUUUUGGAGGGUUUAAAGGAGAAAAAAGAUAGGGUUCCUAAGGGAAAGGCCCAAAAAAUUCGACUGAAAAAGACUAUGGCUAAAGCAAAGAAAUUAUUGGACAGAUGCACACAAGAUUCUGAUUUUGAAGUCUUGUAUGAUAAAGUCUCUGGUUUCUUUGCUGAUGCUUUGAGGGAAGACAUGGAGUUGUACAAUGAGGGGAAGCUUUAUGAGCUUAGCCUCGCGGCUAAAUGGUGUCCAUCUCUUGAUUCAUCAUAUGAUAAGUCAUUGCUAAUGUGUGGAAGUGUUGGAAGAAAAUUAUUCCCUCGUGACUACGCUGAAUACCAAGAUCUUGAAGACGCGCAUUAUGCUUAUCACGUGAGGGAUAGAUUGAGGAAAGAAGUACUCGUGCCACUCCACAAGGCGUUGGAGAUUCCAGAGGUUUAUAUUUGUGCGAAUAAGUGGGAAGAGCUUCCUUAUAAACGCGUACCCUCUGUGGCCAUGAAAUUGUACAAGAAUUUGUUCUACAAGCACGAUCAAGAACGAUUUCAGCAGUAUCUUGAAGAUGUGAAGAGUGGGAAAACAACAAUAGCUGCUGGUGCCCUGCUUCCACAUGAGAUAAUUGCCUCGUUGAAAGAUUCCACAGGACCGGAAGUUGCAGAGCUUCAAUGGAAAAGAAUGGUUGAUGACUUAGCCAAGAAGGGCAAAUUAACAAAUUGUAUGGCAAUUUGUGAUGUCUCAGGAAGCAUGAAUGGAACCCCAAUGGAGGUUUGUGUGGCUUUGGGGCUACUUAUUUCUGAACUUAGUGAAGAACCUUGGAAAGGAAAAUUAAUCACAUUUAGUAGUAAUCCAGAAUUACAUAAGGUGAAAGGGAAAAAUUUGUCAGCGAGGACAAAUUUUAUUAGGAGAAUGGACUGGGGUGGUAAUACAGAUUUUCAGAAAGUAUUUGAUAAGAUUCUUGAAGUUGCUGUGAGGGGGAAUUUGAGCGAGGAUGCGAUGAUAAAGAGGCUAUUUGUUUUCAGUGACAUGGAAUUUGAUCAGGCUUCAAGAAGUCCAUGGGAAACAGAUUAUCUAGUGAUACAGAGGAAGUUUAAGGAAAAAGGUUAUAACAAGGUGCCUGAAAUUGUGUUUUGGAAUUUGAGGAAUUCAAAGGCAACACCAGUUCCUAGUAACCAAAAAGGAGUGGCACUUGUGAGUGGAUUUUCAAAGAAUCUUGUGACUUUGUUCUUGGAGGAAGGUGGGAUUUUAAGCCCAGAAGCAGUGAUGAUGCAAGCUAUUUCUGGUGAAGAGUAUCAAAAACUUGUAGUGUUUGAUUGACUUGUAAAAGAAUAAAGAUUGUUGAAAUUGUGAUAAGAUUGUGCUCUUCAAUUUCUAUCUAUUAAUGAGAAAUUCUGAGUUCCUCUUUGUAUUUGUGUUCAUCUUCAUGUAGUUCGUUUAUUU